AUGAAUCAUCGUCAAGUAGUUAGUGAAGAAGAAGAGGAAGAAGAACUCAAUGAAGAAGAAGAAUGUAAUAUAUUAUCAAAUUUUUGGCCGAAUGUGAAUGAAGCAAAAUUGGACAAUAAUGCAUUGGAUGAAAUAUUAGAAGAAUUACAUCUUAUAGGAGAUAAAGCAAUUCGUAAUUUAAGAUCAGCAGAAUUUGCCCAGGAGUUUGCAAAUGUAGAAAAUUUUAAAAAGAAAAUAACAAGGAUACAACUUUAUCGGGACGUGACAAUAGGCCACAUGAUUAAAAAUUUGCCGCCAGAUCAAUUAAAUAAAUUAAAUAAUGGCGCUGAACGUUCUCGUUACCGUAAAAGAAAUAUUCAGAUAGGCGUGCCAUGUUCUUUAAAUGCUUUUUAUACUUAUAAUAAUGCACAAGAACUAAUUGAUUCAACAUCAGCAGAACAAUUUGGUCAUAAAACAUUUCCACAAUUAUUUAAUGACACUCAAAACAAUACAACAAUACCACAUUUUGAAAUUACUGAUCCAUUACCAAAUCCUUGUUCGAGAAAUACUAAACAACAACAACAAUCAUCUGUUUUACGAAAUACUGAACAGCAAAAACCAUCAUCUGUUUCAAGAAAUAUUGAAGAACAACAACAAGGUUUUGUUACGACAAAUACUGAACAACAACAAGAACAAUCUACUGAUUCAAAAGAUAUUGAACAACAAGAAGCUUCUAUUUCGACAAAUACUGAACAACAACAAAACCAAGCAGUUGCAACAGUUCCAGCUAAUACUGGUAUUUGUUCAGCAUCAAUGCAAAAUCAAGAAGCACCUGAAGCUAUUAAACCAGUAGCAGAAGGAUUUCGACGAUUACAUACGGCACAGAAUCCAUUUCAAGCAUCACAACAACAACAUCUUCAACAUCAAACUUCUCAAACGUUAACAUCAGUUAAUACAAAUAAUGUAGAACAACACCAUGAUGAUGAUAAUUGUGAUGAUGCUGAUAAUAAUAAUAAUAAUGAUUCUGAGGGUCAAGAAUGA